CACCUAGGAAUGACGAUAUAAGAACUAAAAGUUUUGAGGUCAUCAAGGUACUCAGGUACCGUGCUCGGGAACGCACCUACUUGUCGGUUAUCUAAGGCUAAGUGACCAACACGUGACGACCUCGUGGCGCUCGACCUGCCCUGUUUAGAAGAAAUCCCGAGGAAACCGAAUACGUCAUUGCAUACGACGGCUGCGAAACAUUAGUACAAGUUCGUAUCUUAGAAUGUUGCUUGCCUAAAGUUUAUAAGAACAGACCAAGAAUAUAUCUGCCCCUCGUCUCUUUGACAACUUUCAUCUUCAACUACCUACAACAACUUCACCUCAACGAAAUUAAUACAAUAAACUAAUUUCAACUCAAUUAAAUCAUACUAAACAACAAGCACAAUGCCUCUCGUCAUUCCAGGUAUCACGGAUAACUCCAAAGACAAGACUGCGGACUGGACGAGCAAGUUAUUGGGCAAGACCGUGUCUGAUAAUGGACACAGCGAGACGAACUUCUGCAAGAAGGAUCUCCCGCAGGAAUGCCGUAUCAUCGAGCCGGGAAUGAUGGUAACUCGUGAUUUCAAGCCUGACCGGCUCAAUGUCCACGUCAAGGACGACGGCACAGUCCACCACGUCCAGCACGGCUAAGCUUCUCGUACGACGAUUUUGGAGUGUUAUCCGACGAAGCGCGACCUUAUCAACUGAAGAUACUGAUAGGGACAGAACUAUCGUUCAAGAUCACGGGCUUUGGAUUGGAGGUUUCGCUAGCCGAGGAUAAUUUGUGUUAUUAGUCUUCCUAUCCUUUAAGUAUGAGCAAUGAAUAAUUAUCUCUUUCCGAGUAAUCUGAUUUGCGCUUUUGAAGAUCGGAGUUUACGUAUUGGUUCGCUGCAAGAUGUUGAUCUCUGCGAGUAAUCGUCGGCGCUUUCCGAACACACCAACUUCAGCGUCGGCGUAGCCAAUUAUGGUACCCCGCAUUAUCGAUAUAAAUUUCAACUGGCAAGACAAUUUCCUUCUGAAUGAUUCAGUUGACGC